AUGAUUCCUGCAUUCUUUUUACAGGUUCUUCGAGGCGGUGAUCGUAUGGUAGACUUUUAUGUGAAGGAUGGUUAUAAUAAUAUGAUCAAAGAAAUUAUUUACAAAUCAGAGGGGAGUAUAGAAUACACGGCUCCUGUCACUGGCAAUUAUCAGAUAUGUGUUCAAAAUAUUCAUAGCAGAUUUUUAUCGAAGCUUGUAUACAUUUAUAUUGUGACGGUGGUUGAAGAAGAAUGGACCAAGUAUGUAGCCGAAAUAGAGGGAUUGCAAACAACAGUUCAAAAUUUCAUGACUUCAAUCUCAGAGUUUCAAAAGUCCAUAGACCAAGUACGAUUGCACCAAGCCACUAGCAGAAUGAACGUUAUAAAGGACUGGUAUUUACUGACCGGAAAUAAUGCUUAUGUCAUGUAUUGGUCCGUUUUCCAGAUUGUUUCUAUUUUAGCAACGUCUUGUUUUCAAGUGUACUUUGUAAGGAAAUUAUUUAAUAUCCCAAAUGUGACUCCUUCAUCCAAACCAAGAGCUUAGAAAGAUGACAGCAAACCUAAUAUAUAAAACAGAAGACUUUUUAUUUUAUU